AUGGCAUUCGGAAUUCAAGCGGGAUUGUCUCUCUAUGCCGAACUGUUGCCAAACAUCCGCCAAAUCAUGCUUCACGUGUCCUUGGCUGAUUCCUUGUUUUCAUCUGAGAGCUCCGGCAUCCCGCGAAUUCCCGUUGACCCUCUUGAUAACAAAUUUUCUCUUACUCUUCAGCCCUCACGCCGCUCAGUCUGCCUCUCUGGUCCCUGGGGAGAACGAACCUUUGACCUACCGGCACGUGUUUCGGUAUCCGCAUACGCAACUCUUGCUACAAGACCUAUUCAUAUAUAUCGGGGUGUAGUUAAACACAAUGAACAUAAUGAACUCACCUAUAGACUCCAAGUUGACGAGACCAGCCCUUCAGUCGGGCCCCGGUUACCAGAUGGCGGAGUGAAUAAUGGGCUGCAAGUUCCGUGGACUUCAAAGGACAUGAAUGCUGAAAGCUGCAUUGGGUGUCGACAGUGCAAAAGUAUUCUUUUUAAUCCUCCAGUGAAGGGGGGGAUUAUAUGGAAAGACUUACCUAGUUCUGAUUGGGCAGAGAUGAUGGAUUUAUGGCAUUGCCACAAACCUGAUGCGCAUGAAGACGGUCAUGGUGAUGCUACCAAUCACGCCGGACCUCAUGUCAACGAUGGGAACGAAACUAUAAAAGGGUAUGGUGCCGCCAAUCAGAUCGUCUGCGCACGUGGGACAGUAUUGAUUGACAUUUUGUCUUUUGUGAUGGCAGAGGAUGAUUGCCAGGGAUUGGAGAAGUCAGUAAGUGCCAAUUUUAUUUCAUUUCCUUUUCUUAUGGUUUAUGGCGGCCGGUAA